AUGGCCACACUUGGAACUGCACUUGGUUGCGCCCAUUUUUACUGUCAAGAGUGCAUUGUUAGAUUCAUAGUGUCCAAGCUCCAAGACAAUGUCACAUCUGUUACGUGCCCGGAUCAAGGAUGCCCCGGGGUGUUAGACCUUGAGUACUGCCGUCCAAUUCUCCCAUACGACGUCUUUCACCGCUGGGGCAAGGCCUUGUGUGAAUCUGUGAAACUGAGAGAUAUGGGUGAAGAUCAGCAGCUGGAAGAGCUUGCCAAGAAUAAGAACUGGAGGAGGUGUCCAAGUUGCAAGUACUAUGUUGAAAGACGCGAUGGGUGCAGCUACAUAAAAUGCAGGUGUGGAUAUGCUUUCUGUUACAAUUGUGGAGUUCGAGCUUCCUUAACUUCUCAUACCAGACAUUGUCCAAGCUGUCACAAAUAA